AACCAUUUUAUUCUAAAGAAUGAUAUCCUCCUAACAGUGGUCUCUUUUCCCCUCUCUCAGGUGCUUGUUGGGUUUCUUUUUAUUCUAGCAGCCACAGAGCUGGUCCUUGUAUUCAUAGAAGAUUCUGGACAAGCCACCGUUCCUGCCAUCAGAUAUACCAAUCCAAGCCUCUACCUGGGCACAUGGCUCCUGGUUCUGCUGAUCCAAUAUAGCAGGCAAUGGUGUGUGCAGAAGAACUCUUGGUUCCUGUCCCUAUUUUGGGUUCUCUCAAUACUCUGUGGCACUUUCCAGUUUCAGACUCUGAUCCGGAUGCUCUUAAAGGGCAAUACUUCCAGUCUAGCCUACUCCUGCCUGUUCCUCAUCAGCUAUGCAUUCCAGAUCCUCAUCCUGAUCCUUUCAGCAUUUUCAGAAAGAGGUGACUCAUCAGAGAAUCCAUCAGUCACAGCUUCAUUUCUGAGUAGAAUCACCUUCAGUUGGUAUGACAGUGUUGUUCUGAAAGGCUUCAAGCGACCUCUGACACUUGAAGAUAUCUGGGAUGUUGAUGAACAGAGUAAAAGCAAGGCACUAGUCACCAAAUUUGAAACGCACAUGGCAAAAGAGCUGCUGAAGGCCAGGCGGGCACUGCAGAAACGGCAGCGGAAGAACAUCCAGAGGGACUCUGGAAGCAGGCUGCGUGGCCUAAGCAAGAACCAGAGUCAAAGCCAAGAUGUCCUUGUCCUGGAAGAAGCUAAAAAGAAGAAAAAGAAGUCUGGGAGCACAGAGGACUUCCCUAAGUCCUGGCUGAUCAAGGCCCUCUUCAAAACUUUCCGCGCCAUCAUCCUGAAGUCGUUCCUGCUGAAGGUGGUGUAUGACCUGCUCACAUUUCUGAAUCCUCAGCUGCUGAAAUUGCUGAUCUCCUUCGAAAAUGAUCAGGACAGUUAUGUGUGGAUCGGAUACCUGUAUUCAGUCCUCUUCUUCGUUGUGGCCCUCAUCCAGUCUUUGUGCCUUCAGUAUUACUACGAACUUUGUUUCAAGCUGGGAGUAAAAGUGCGGACCACCAUCAUAGCUUCUGUGUAUAAAAAGGCACUGAGACUUUCCAACCGAACGAAGAAACAGUACACUAUUGGAGAAACAGUGAACCUGAUGGCUGUGGAUGCCCAGAAGCUCAUGGAUGUGACCAGCUUCAUUCACCUGCUGUGGUCAAAUGUUCUACAGAUUAUAUUAUCCAUCUACUUCCUAUGGAUUGAGUUGGGACCCUCAGUCUUAGCAGGUGUUGCGUUGAUGUUGCUUCUAAUCCCAGUAAAUGGGCUCAUCGCUGUCAAGAAUAAGGCUAUUCAGGUAAAAAAUAUGAAGCAGAAAGACCAGCGUUUGAAGAUAAUGAAUGAGAUUCUCAAUGGAAUCAAGAUCCUGAAAUAUUUUGCCUGGGAACCUUCAUUCAGAAACCAAGUCUACAACAUUCGGAAGAAAGAGCUCAAGAACCUGCUCCGCUUUGGGCAGAUGCAGUCGAUAAUGAUGUUUCUCUUGUACUCGACUCCGGUCCUGGUGUCUGUGGCCACAUUUUCAGUGUACGUCCUGGUGGAUAGCAAUAAUAUUUUGGAUGCUCAAAAGGCCUUCACCUCCAUCACCCUCUUCAAUAUCCUGCGCUUUCCCAUGAACAUGCUUCCCACGGUCGUCUCUUCCGUGCUCCAGGCCAUUGUUUCCAAAGAUCGGCUGGAGAGGUACUUGGGAGGGGAUGACUUGGACACGUCCGCCAUUCGACACGACUGCAAUUUUGACAAAGUCGUGCAGUUUUCUGAGGCCUCCUUCGCCUGGGACCAGGAUUCGGAAGCCACAAUUCGAGACGUGAACCUGGACAUUAUGCCGGGCCAACUAGUGGCUGUGGUGGGCACGGUGGGCUCUGGGAAAUCCUCCUUGAUGUCAGCCAUGCUGGGAGAAAUGGAAAAUGUUCACGGGCACAUCACCAUGAAGGGCUCCAUAGCCUACGUCCCCCAGCAGUCCUGGAUCCAGAACGGCACCAUAAAGGACAACAUCCUUUUUGGAUCAGAGUUAGAUGAAAAGAGAUACCAGCAAGUGCUAGAGGCCUGCGCCCUCCUCCAAGACCUGGAAGUGCUGCCUGGAGGAGACCUGGCUGAGAUUGGAGAGAAGGGUAUAAAUCUCAGUGGGGGUCAGAAGCAGCGGAUCAGCCUGGCAAGAGCCACCUACCAAAACUCAGACAUCUACAUUCUGGACGACCCCCUGUCGGCUGUGGACGCUCACGUGGGAAAACACAUUUUCGAUAAGGUCUUGGGUCCCAAUGGCCUAUUGAAAGGCAAGACUCGACUCUUGGUUACACAUAGCAUUCACUUUCUUCCCCAAGUGGAUGAGAUUGUGGUUCUGGAGAAUGGCACGAUCUCAGAGAAGGGGUCCUACAAAGCUCUGCUGGCCAAGAAGGGAUUAUUUGCUAAAAAUCUGAAGACAUUUAAAAAAGAGACGGGGCCUGAAGGAGAAGCCACAGUCAAUGAGGACAGUGAAGAAGAAGAUGACUAUGGGUUGAUGCCCGGUGUGGAGGAAAUCCCCGAGGAUGUGGCCUCCUUGACCAUGAAUAGAGAAAACAGCCUUCGUCGGACACUUAGCCACAGAUCUAGGUCAAAUAGCAGGCCUCUGAAGCCCCUGAAAAACUCCUUGAAAACUUGGAAUAUGAAUACCCAGAAGGAAGGGGAAGAACUGGUGAAAGGACAAAAAUUAACUAAGAAGGAAUUCAUACAAACUGGAAAGGUCAAGUCCUCCAUCUACCUGAAAUACCUGCAAGCAGUAGGAUGGUAUUCAAUCUUCUUCAUCAUCCUUGCUUAUGUAAUUAAUUCUGUGGCUUUGAUUGGAUCCAAUCUCUGGCUCAGUGCUUGGACCAGUGACUCUAAAAGCUACAAUGGCACCAACUAUCCACCCUCUCAGAGGGACCUGAGAGUUGGCAUCUAUGGAGCUCUGGGAUUAGUGCAAGGUAUAUUUGUGCUCACAGCAAAUCUCUGGAGCGUCUAUGGCUUCACCCACGCAUCAAACCUCCUUCACAAGCAACUGCUGAACAAUAUCCUUCGAGCACCCAUGAGUUUCUUUGACACGACACCCAUAGGCCGGAUUGUAAACAGGUUUGCUGGUGAUAUUUCCACACUGGACGAUACCCUCCCCAUGUCCUUGCGCAACUGGAUUUUGUACUUCCUGGAGAUCAUCAGCACCCUUGUCAUGAUCUGCAUGGCCACUCCAGUCUUCGUCAUCCUCAUCAUUCCUCUUGCUGUCAUUUAUCUGUCUGUUCAGAUGUUCUACGUGGCCACUUCCCGGCAACUGAGACGCCUGGACUCUGUCACCAGGUCCCCGCUCUACUCUUUCUUCAGCGAGACGGUGUCGGGCUUGCCUGUCAUCCGUGCGUUUCAGCACCAGCAGCGAUUUCUGAAACACAAUGAGGUGUUGAUUGAUACCAACCAAAAAUGUGUCUUUUCCUGGAUUAUCUCCAACAGGUGGCUUGCCGUGCGUCUGGAGCUGGUCGGGAACCUGGUUGUUUUCUUUUCGUCCUUGAUGAUGGUGAUUUAUAAAGACACCCUGAGUGGGGACACCGUGGGCUUUGUGCUGUCCAAUGCACUCAAUAUCACACAAACCCUGAACUGGCUGGUGAGGAUGACGUCAGAAGUCGAGACCAACAUUGUGGCUGUGGAGCGGAUCACUGAGUACAUAAACGUGGAAAAUGAGGCACCCUGGGUGACUGAUAAGAGGCCUCCGGCGGGUUGGCCCAGCAAAGGGGAGAUUCAGUUUAACAACUACCAAGUGCGGUACCGGCCUGAACUGGAUCUGGUACUGAAAGGGAUCACAUGUAACAUCAAGAGCCAGGAGAAGAUUGGUGUGGUGGGCAGGACAGGAGCCGGGAAGUCGUCCCUGACAAACUGCCUCUUCAGGAUCCUAGAGGCUGCAGGCGGCCAGAUCAUCAUCGAUGGGGUAGAUGUUGCUUCCAUCGGGCUCCACGACCUCCGAGAGAAACUGACCAUCAUCCCGCAGGACCCCAUCCUGUUCUCUGGAAGCCUGAGGAUGAAUCUAGACCCUUUCAACAACUACUCAGAUGAGGAGAUCUGGAAGGCCCUGGAGCUGGCUCACCUCAAAUCCUUUGUGUACGGCCUGCAACUCGGUUUGUCCCAUGAGCUGACAGAGGCCGGUGACAACCUCAGCAUCGGGCAAAGGCAGCUACUGUGCCUGGCCAGGGCUCUGCUGCGGAAAUCCAAGAUUCUGAUCAUGGACGAGGCCACUGCUGCCGUAGACCUGGAGACGGAUCGCCUCAUCCAGAUAACCAUCCAGAAGGAGUUCUCCCACUGCACGACCAUCACCAUCGCCCACAGGCUGCACACCAUCCUGGACAGCGACCGGGUAAUGGUCCUGGACAACGGGAAGAUUGUGGAGUAUGGCAGCCCCGAGGAACUGCUGGAAAAACCUGGCCCCUUUUAUUUUAUGGCCAAAGAAGCUGGCAUUGAACGUGGGAACAGCACAGCACUGUGACGGCAGGUCCCGAGGCUCAGAAAGGACUAGAAGGAUCAUUACUUAUUUAACUUCAUUUUUUGAGAACUAUAUCAUAUGUAGAGAAAGGUGUGUAAAAUGUGCAUCUUAAAGAAGGAUUGUAAGUGAACAGCUGUGUACCCGCUGCCCAGGUGAAGAAAAUGAACGGCAGCAGCUCCAGCAGACUCCCCAACGAGCCCACUCUGCCCCUCAUCCCGGCUACCCCACCCCCGCCCCGCCCGAGACCGCUGUGCUGAGUUCCGUGAUAAUUAUCCCCUUGCCUUCCAUUUAGUCUUACCACUUUGUAUGUAUCUUUAAACAAUGUGUGCCUUUUUAAAAACUUAUGCAAAUGGCUGGCUCAUACUGCACACAUUCUUCCACGACUUCAUUCAGUAUUACGUUUGAGUCGUAGCCAGUCCACGCCCAUAGUGGGGCGAGUUCGUUCUCACUGCUCUGUAGUACAGCAGGGGGUGAGUGUGCUGCUGUGGACCCAUUCUAAUGUUGGUCAGCAGCAGGGCUUUUUUUUUUUCCUGUGAUGAACUGUACUGCUAUGAACAUUCUAAUAUAUAAUUCCUGAGAUGUAUGUGCAGGACUUUCUUAGGGUGUAAUGCAGGAAGGGGGGCGUGCACACGUUUACAUGAAUAUAUUUGGUUAAUGCCAAACUGGCAAUGCCAACGAAAAGCUCUUCGUCAGUCUGAUGGGUAUGGAUUGGUACCUCAGUGAGGUUUUCACUUACAUUUACCUGGUUACUGUUGAGGUUUCACAAAGUAGAGUACAAACCGCUACCUGAUCACGGCCUGAGGUUCCGAUAUGAGGUUUCUGCUGGUUCUCACCCAUGGUGCUUUAUGUCCUUGCAUGCCUUGUGAAUUUUUACGAGAAGCUGUUCACGCUGUGGACAUUCUCUGAGGCUGGGUGAGCCUGAGCUGUCCUGAGAACCCCUGCUUCCUGUGUUGGUUUCCUCAGAUCCAUCCCCCUAUGACUACCAGGGAUCAAAUAUGCAAAACUUUAAAAAAAUCAUUUUUAUUGUUGUUCUAUUACCGUUGUCUCCAUUUGCCCCCUUUGCCCUCCUCCCCUCUCCCACAUCCGUUCCCACCCUGUUGUCCAUGUCUGUGGGUCAUUCAUUCAUGUUCUGUCUUCUGCUUCAACCCUUCAUUCAAUGGCCACCCAGAGUCAAGGUAAAAUUCCUCAGUACGGUGUAAUGAAGCUCCCUAACAUCUGAUCCAACCUCAUUUCUUCUAACUCCCGUAGGCUCCAGCCACAGUAAAUGCUUUUAGAUUCACACACACGCACCCUUUGAUUCUAGCCUUUUGCUUUUCUAUCCCUUCUGCUUGGAAUCCCCCGCUACCUCUAACUCAUUCUGACUCAGCCAAGAGGUUCCCCUCUCCUCUUACACCCCAAGCUAGUGUCAGCGCUGUUGUCAAUUUCAGUCCUUUUCUGCAUCUGAACCAGAGUUCUGUGUUUGGGGACUUCCUAAACUCAGGAUGCUUCGUGGGAGACAAGGGUGCAGCCAUGUGACUAGGUCCCGUUAAUCAGCUGUGCUGGCACCGAAUGAACUUCGGACGCCCAUGACACAGAGAGGCAGGGCAAUCUGUCCUGGGAAAGGUGAUGGCAGUCAUGACAGGCAUGGCUCUUGUCUGAGGGUAGCCGUGUGGUGGUUCCAGCUGCAAGGCCUGGCGAUAGUGUAGCGUCGGGUAGUGUGGUGACUUUGUCGGAAGUUUCUAUGUUUGGAUCUCCCUCAGUAAGCUGUGAGCCUCUUGAAAACAGGAAUAAUUUCUUACUCAUUUUCUUUCUCUCUUUCAGUGGCCAGAAUAUAGCAAGCAUAUGCAUGUUUGUUCAAAAAAACGUUUUAAAAAUUGAAUGGGAAAAAUGAAUGACAAUGCAGAAAUAGAGUUGAAGAAAACAAAGUAACUCCACAUUGACACAUUGGCACAAACAGGAAAAAGAAAUGUACCAAUCAGACCUCACUUUUUUGCAGGCUAGUUUUCUAUGUGCGCCUUUCGACAUAUCCUCUAAAGAAACUCAUUUCAUUCAGGUAUUAGGAUGAGAAUUCAUUUAAUCACAAAUGCUAACCGGUCGUAUCUUUAUUUAAAAUUAGCAAACAGUAUUGUACAAACACUGACAUUUAAAUCUCUAAAAAUCUAAACUUUUACAAUUUAGAUUUACUUAGCAAAGACCACAUUCAAUUAUAAGCAUGAAUUUAGUAUUCUACAUAGAUUAGACACUAAGCAGUUUUCUUAAAGGCUUCAAUUCACCCUGUCUGAAGACACAUGUAAAAGAUUAUGAAAUUGCAUUAAAAAAUUGGAAGCGCUCCAUUUUCAUAGUAUUCCUUUUUUGCUUUAUAAUUGGUUAUGCUGUAGAAUUUAAGUGUUACAGUGUAAAAAGCAACGAGUCAGGGAAGAAGAAAAAAGAGGAUCAUAUAAAAAGCUGUAUUUCCUUUAGGUAAGACAAGCAUAAAAAUAAGAAUUACAGGAAGAAAAAUGACUUAAAACUAGUUUGGUUU